AUGCCUUCCGCCGACAAUUCUAUAACGGGCCCAAAGCCUGAUCUGUCGAGAAAACUCGCCGAACUCCGUGCGGGCAAGACGAAGCGUGCAGCAAGCGGCCAACAAGAACCGCCACCAAAAACACCAGCUCUCCCUACGCCCAUAGACCUUUCCUCGCACACAUACAGUCACCCGGUUCGCCGCAUCCUCUCUCCCAAGGACCUGGACACCUUUACAACCUCUCCUGCAUACACGCUCGUUCUCGCUUUUAUAUUCGGGUUAUCAGAUAAGGUCCGCGGGCGGGCAAUCACCGAUUUGAAAGACGAAAAAGUGCCUGAAAACAUCGAAAAGAUACUACGUAUAGUCGACCUCCUUGGCUCGCUAGUCGAAAAGAAUCCCGCCCUCGACCAGGGCGGAUCCCGCUUUGGCAACCCCGCGUUUCGCUCGCUCUUCGACGAUACCGCGUCGCACAGCCCGGAAUGGCAUCGCGAAAUACUGGGCAUAGAGAAUUCAGAUGCAGUGGAUGAGUUAUCGACAUAUUUGAUACAUUCCCUGGGGUCGCGGGACCGACUCGACUACGGAUCGGGGCAUGAGCUCAAUUUCAUGCUGUGGCUUUUGUGUCUGUAUGAGCUGAGGAUUGUCUCGCCCACGGACUUUCCGAUGUUGGUUUUCAAGAUAUACUAUAGCUACAUGCAUCUGAUGCGUCGCAUCCAAACUACGUAUUAUCUGGAACCGGCUGGGUCGCACGGCGUAUGGGGUCUCGAUGAUUACCAUUUCCUGCCUUUCCUAUUCGGCGCCUCGCAGCUCGUCGAGCAUCCUUAUAUAACGCCUCGCGCCAUUCACAAUAGUGCCGUUCUCGACGAAGAGGGGGAUAAAUACUUGUAUCUUGAUCAGGUGCGGUGGGUGGACAGUGUCAAAACCGUCAAGGGCCUUCGAUGGCACAGUCCGAUGCUCGACGAUAUUUCGGGGGCAAAGUCCUGGAUCAAAGUCGAGAGCGGAAUGAAGAAGAUGUUUGUCAAGGAAGUGCUGGGCAAGCUACCCAUCAUGCAGCAUUUCUUGUUUGGGAGUUUAGUCGCUGCGUCUCCGGACAUGGGCCAGGGGGGCGACGAAUUGCGCGAGCAAGGAGAAGGCGCUCCUCAUACGCACGACCACAACCAUACGCAUGGGGACGAUUUCUGGGGUGAUUGCUGCGGCAUCAAAGUGCCCAGUACUAUCGCGGCGGGCGAGGAGAUGCGAAAGCGCAUGGGGGGCACGGGACUGCGGCCGAUUCCGUUUGACUAG